GGUCAAGCAAAAUAUGAGUCACCCACAUGUUAUCGUUAUACCCUAUCCUGCGCAAGGUCAUGUAAUUCCAUUCAUGGAAGUCGCUCUAACCUUAGCCAAUCAGGGUUUCAAAGUGACAUUUGUGAACACAGAGUUCAAUCACAAGCGGGUCAUAAAAGCACUGUCAGAGAAAGACGAUGUUCAUAAUCUUGUUCAUUUAGUUUCUGUCCCGGACGGAUUGGAACCCUUUGAGGAUAGGAAUGACUUGUUGAAGUUAACAGAAAAAACCACAGAGGUCAUGCCUGGGAAGCUUCAAGAGCUCAUAGAAAAGAUUAACGAGUCGGACGACGAUGAAAUCGCCUGCCUUAUCGCCGACGGGAGUAUGGGAUGGGCACUGGAAGUUGCCGAUAAGAUGGGAAUCAAGCGGGCUAUAUUCUGGACUGCAGCAGCCGCACAGUUGGCCUUGGUACUCAGCAUUCCAAAGCUAAUUGAUGAUGGAAUCAUAAAUAAUGAUGGAAUUCUCAUGAAGAACAAGAUGAUCCAAUUGUCACCAAGCAUGCCAGUCAUGAACACUAAAAGUUUAUUGUGGGCCUGCAUUGGCGACUUGACUAUACAAAAAAUUGUUUUUGAACUUGUUUCACGAAAUUGCAAAACAUUAGAAGCAGCAAAUUGGAUGAUUUGCAACUCGACCCAUAACCUGGAGCCUGCAACAUUUGCCUUAUUCCCCAAGAUCUCACCUAUAGGCCCACUAUUGUCAAGCAAACGGCUAGGUCAUUUCUGGUCAGAAGAUUCAACUUGUCUGGAAUGGCUCAAUCAACAACCACCCCAGUCAGUAAUCUAUGUUGCAUUUGGGAGUUACACUGUUUUUGAUGAGACCCAGUUUCGAGAAUUGGCUCUAGGAAUCGAACUCACAAACCGACCAUUUCUGUGGGUUGUGCGUCCAGAUAUAAGUAAUGAAACAAACGAUGCAUACCUAAAAGGUUUCAUAGAAAGAGUAGGCGAUAGAGGACGAAUUGUGGGUUGGGCACCUCAACAGAAUGUCCUAGAUCAUCCUUCUGUUGCUUGCUUCAUAAGCCAUUGUGGUUGGAACUCUACCAUGGAGGGUAUAAGCAAUGGUAUCCCUUUCCUGUGUUGGCCUUAUUUUGUUGACCAGUUUUUUAACGAAAGUUACAUUUGCGAUGUUUGGAAGGUCGGAUUAGGAUUUAAACGCGAUGAAAGGGGUAUAAUUAGCCAUGACGAGAUUAAGAGUAAGGUGGAGCAAUUGCUUGGGGAUAAAACAUUCAAAGCAAGGGCCUUGGAUCUGAAAGAGAAGGCUGUGAAUGCUGUCAAAGAAGGUGGAUGUUCACAAAAGAAUUUCAGCAAUUUCAUUGAAUGGAUGAAAGGAAAGGAAAAUUAGUGCAGGCUAUGAACAGCCUUGACUUAAUUUUAUUGUAAUUAAGAAGCAGAAGAUUUCCAAAUCUCUGUUUACGUUUUAAAUCUCAGUUUACGUUUGGAUUAAAUUAUUG